AUGCCUUUUGCAAAGGAUCUCCUUCAUCCCUCUCCAGAAGAGGAGAAGAGGAAACACAAGAAAAAGUGCCUGGUGCAGAGCCCCAAUUCCUACUUUAUGGAUGUGAAAUGCCCAGGAUGCUAUAAAAUCACCACGGUCUUUAGCCAUGCACAACUGGUAGUCUUGUGUGUUGGCUGCGCCACUGUACUCUGUCAGUCUACAGGUGGAAAAGCAAGGCUAACUUCCUUCAGGAGGAAGCAGCACUGA